AUGUCUGAUUCAUGUUCUGUUUGUGUUGCUAGCUUUGUAUCAAGCGGCAGCAAAUGGAAGGCAUUGGUAGGUCUUGAGAUUCAUGCUCAAAUCAAGUCCGACGUCAAACUCUUCUCUCGUGCGCCGACUGAAUUUGACAGACCUCCAAACUCUUCCGUUCAAUUGUUUGAUGCUGCGUUUCCUGGCUCUCUUCCUGUAUUAAAUUAUUUUUGCGUGGAGGCGGCUUUGCGAACUGCUCUCGCUCUCGACUGUCGGAUCAACGAGGUGUCCUACUUCGAUAGGAAGCAUUAUUUUUAUAGUGACCUCCCUGCUGGAUACCAAAUUACUCAGCAUAGAGUCCCUCUGGCUGUCGGAGGUCACGUGACGUUCUCACAUGAAGACACCGCCGAGGUUCAAACAGUUAGAAUCAAGCAGUUGCACUUGGAGCAGGACAGUGGUCGUAGUAUUGUUGAUGAAGAGGGAAGAGUGAUAUUUGUUGAUUUAAAUCGAUGUGGCAUUGGACUGAUGGAGAUUGUGACCCAACCCGAUAUGACAUCAGGUGAUGAAGUGGCCACUGCAGUUCGAGAAUUGAGGCAAGUAUUGCUGGCUUUAGACACUUGUGAUGGGGAUAUGGCGACGGCAUCUCUACGGGUUGACGCAAACAUUUCACUUCAUGGUCCAGGUUCGACUGGAAUUAGAACUGAAAUAAAAAAUGUGAGCGGAAUUUCGAAUCUUCGAAAAGCUGUCGAUCAAGAGAUAGCAAGACACAUUAAAUUAUUAGAAAAAGGGAGAGAUGUAGUGAGCGAAACAAGGAGUUUUGAUGUGAAACAAGGCAUCACAGUGCCAGCAAGGCACAAACACUUCCAGAAGCAGGACUAUCGGUUUAUGCCAGAUCCCGAUCUUCCUCCAUUGAACUGCUCUGCGUAUAAAUCACUAGACAUACCAACUUUACUAUCAACUCUUCCUGCCUUGCCUGGUCACACUAGAAGACGUCUGAUGAGACAGUACAGUAUUGCUGCUAGAGAAAGCACACACCUAGUCAAUCAAGGUGCUGUCCAAUACUUUGAAACAGCAGCCCAACAUUGCGAGGAUGCUAGGAAACUAGCUGUAUGGGUAACAAAGAACCUAGCAGGGAUUCUUAAUACUAAAAGGGUUUCUAUUGAUGCCAGUCCCAUAUCUCCACUGCAGCUGAGUUCCAUAAUUAAUCUGCUGGCGAAGGAAAGCAUCUCGGUCAGGACAGCACAGAAUAUCUUUUAUUGCAUGGUGGAUGGUGACCAGCGGCUAGCUACUGAAAUAACAGAAGAAAAUAGAUGGUAUCAAAUAACCAGCAGGGACGCUCUAAUGGAAUUAUGCCAGACAGUUAUAGGUCAGAAUGAAGAGCAGUUGAAGCAAUAUCACAGCGGGAAGAAGGAAUUAUUUCAAUUCUUCUUUGGUCAAGUUCAGAGGCGGUGCGGAGGCUGCGCGCACCCUGGCACGCUGCAUUCUGUGCUCAGUGUCAAACUGGAUUCAGAGAAUGACACAGACACAAUUGGCGGCAGUGACUGAAUAA